UUACUGAUAGUCUCCUUUAUCGAUUGGCAACCGCAGACGCUUGGCAACUCUACCUCUUGCUUGCAUUUUUUUGCCAAUGUUUUCCGGCAAAUUCGUCAACAAAAAUGUCCAAUUCUGUGAAUAUAUCGGUGGAAACCACUUGCGAGAACCAGAUACGAGAGAUUGGAUAUGAUGGCACCGAGUUGUACCAACCACCGCCGACUCUAUCCGAGAGCCUGGCCAAGUGUGCGGCCCGCAUAGACUUCAGCAAAACAUCGCUGGACGAUCUGAAGAAGGAGGAGAAGACAGCCGCAGCUGCUGAGGAAGAGAACAAAGAUGGUACUCAGUUCCAGGAGAGCCUUUGGCCCUGGGAUGCCGUGCGGAACAAGCUCAAAGAUGCGCUGACCGAAAUCUGUGUGCUAUCCGAUGUGAUUUCCAUAGCCAAGGACAAGCGAUAUUUGGUGCUAGAUCCUCUGCUGGAGGAGGGCGACGAUACAAAGCCCAUUGUUCAGGUUUAUAGUCGGAAAAAGGCUAUCUCACAAGCGGCCCAGGUUUUGCUGAGUGGCGCCGAGCGUCUUCGCAAUGCCCACAGCGAACAGCGUAGCCGGAACGUGUCCGACUUUCACAUAGAACUGUUGCGCCUGCGUCAAAACUGGCGCUUGAAGAAGGUAUCCAAUGCGAUCAUAGGAGAUCUCAGCUACCGCACAGCGGGAUCGAAAUUCGGAAUGAGCGGCACCUUCGAGGUAACCAAGGCGGAGGAGGCAUCCGACGACGACAGUACCAGCACCUCGACUACCAGCAGCACAGCCACCAACAAUGGCAUGCAGAUGAAGGCCAGCUCCGCUCUGAGGGUAAUUGUACCGGCUGAGCUGCAAGGUGUGGCCUACAUUAAAGUCAUCACGCAAAAAGACCAAGAGGAUCUAUGCACAGCACAGGUGAAUCUGAUGGGACACGGUCCUAACAUAACCGCUCAGGUUGGCGUUUGGCAGAAGACGCUGGAGUUUGCCCAGAACGUUCUCUUCUGCAAGGAGCUCUUCGCACAGCUGGCACGCGAGGCCAUUCAGCUGCAGGCGCCUAUUCCGCAUGUGGUCAUUGGGAAUCAGAUCCGAGCCACCCUGCUGCCCAAUAUUCAACUGAUCAUCUCCCUGUGCCACUCCACCACCUUUGACUCCAACCAACCGGCUCCGAUUAACGAUCACGAUCAUGUGCUGGAGCAUUCCCUUCACCAGUUGCUGCGGGAAGUUCACUACAAGAAUUCGCACCAUCCGUUCCCCCAUCCGGCAAGUGCUCCACUGGGUCCAACGAAGAAGCGUAUGCUGGCCGGUCCCAUGGCUGCCGAUCGUGAAACGCUCCUGGACAUGACCAAAUCGCAGACCAUACUGGAACAGAUCAUUGCCCAGGCCCAGCAUAUCUUCAUGCGCAAGCGCACUCAGUACGUGCUGGAUACGCUGGCGAGGGAUGUAAAGGAUCCCCAGAUUGUUUCCCACUGGAAUGCCAUGAACAGUCCCACCAUGUCCUGUGUGAAGAUCAACAUAGUUACUCACGGCUACGAUGCCAUUGGGCGAACUUCGCUCGUUAUCCAUGUCAAGGAGCGUUCACUGAAGUGCAUCUGUCGUGACGGACGCGUCAUGCGAUUGUCCUAUGAGCCGCAGGAGCUGCGUGACCUGAUACUUUGCCAAAUAAACUCUCAUCAAAUCUCCUGCUUGGUCAGCCUGGCCCGCUGCAUGGCCUGGACGGUGCUCUCGAAUAGCAAUCAUCUGGGCAUUGGCAAGGUGGAGCCUCUGGGCAAUGCCAGUUCCUGCCUUCUGGCCUCCCCGAAUGGUGAUCGCAUGAUAGCCGUUCAAAUACGCUGCGAUCCUCAAAUUGAUGUUAAAGUUUACAUAGCGAGAAGUCCGCGACAGGACUUCUUUCCCAGUCCUUUGGUGCCGGAGAAGUUGUGGGAGAAUCUGGGUGGCAAUUUCAAGGAGGUGAAGUUUGAUAAAAUCGAGGGCAAGAGUUUCCUGAACAAAAUGGAAUUUCUGAUGGCCUCACUCACCAGCAAUACGGCCUAAGGAGGCAAUAGGGCCUAACCAAUAUAAAUAUUGUUCGUAACUCGAUUUAGUUCUCUGUUUAAGGAAUUUUAAAAGUAAAAGAAUUAUAAUUAAGGCUAUCUAUCGAUCUAAUAUUUAUAUUAAUUUAUUGGACCUAUAAAAAACAAGCAAAUCUACAACGCCGCCAAAAACAA